AUGGACGACAGAUUUGGGAAUAAUUCAAACUUCUUUCAAGGAGCCAAGGAUAUUGCCUAUGAGGUGAAGAGGCAUGGUAGGAUGCAAGACUCUUUUAGACGGUACGAAGGUGGUGGGGAACAUGCCUCACAAGAUGGCGGAUAUUACCACAGUGAUGAUCCCCAUGCUCAGGAAGAUGCUGACAGUGAUGCCACAGAAGGGCAUGAUGAAGAUGACGAAAUCUAUGAGGGGGAAUACCAGGGGAUCCCACACCCAGAUGAUAUUAAGGCCAAUCGGAUGGCAGCAACACAACCUAUUUCUGAUGAGUACAGGGACCAAGCAGAUCUCAUUGCUGAACGUAUGAAGGAUGAGGAGCAGUUGGCACACCAGUACGAGUCAAUCAUUGAGGAGUGCGGACAUGGACGCUUCCAGUGGACACUCUUCUUUGUCUUAGGCUUAGCACUGAUGGCUGAUGGAGUCGAAGUGUUUGUGGUCGGCUUUGUACUUCCUGUUGCCGAAAGGGACAUGUGCAUGUCUAAUUCCAACAAAGGAAUGCUGGGCUUGAUAGUUUACUUGGGAAUGAUGGUAGGAGCCUUUGUCUGGGGUGGUCUGGCAGACAAAAUGGGCAGAAGAUAUUGUCUGAUGAUUGCCCUCAGCAUCAAUGGAGUCUUUAUCAUCUUUUCAUCAUUUGUCCAGGGUUAUGGUAUAUUCCUGUUCUGCCGACUACUUUCAGGAGCUGGUAUUGGCGGCUCCAUCCCCAUUGUUUUCUCCUAUUUCUCGGAAUUCCUGGCUCGGGAGAAGCGAGGGGAGCAUCUCAGCUGGCUCUGCAUGUUCUGGAUGGUGGGUGGGAUUUACGCAUCAGUGAUGGCCUGGAGCAUCAUCCCACACUACGGUUGGGGUUUCAGCAUGGGCACCUCGUUUCAGUUCCACAGCUGGCGGCUGUUUGUCGUGGUAUGUGCCCUACCCUGCCUGUCUUCCCUGAUCGGCCUUCUCUUUGUGCCAGAAAGCCCACGCUACUUACUAGAGAUUGGAAAGCACGAUGAAGCCUGGAUGAUUCUAAAGCAGAUUUAUGAUACGAACAUGAGGGCCAGAGGGCACCCGGAAGCUGUCUUCACGGUUUCCCACAUAAAGACCCCGAUACAAAUGGAUGAAUUCAUUGAGAUUCAGAGCUCAACAGGAACCUGGUUCCAGCGUUGGUUGGUCAGGAUCAUGACUGUGGUAAAGCAGGUUUGGCAGAACAUGUUGCUUUGUUUUACACCUAAGUACAGGAUGACAACUCUGUUCCUCGCAGUGGUUUGGUUCACCUUAUCGUUCAGCUACUAUGGACUGACAGUGUGGUUCCCGGACAUGAUCAAGUACUUUCAAAAUGAAGAGUAUGAAUCCAAAAUGAAGACAUUUCAUCAGGAGAGAGUUGAAGACUUUACGUUUAACUUCACACUGGAGAACCAGCUGCAUACAGAAGGAGAGUACAUCAAUGUCAGAUUCAUUGGGAUUAAAUUUAAAUCUGUAACCUUUGAAGACUCCUUGUUUGAGGAAUGCUACUUUGAAGACAUUACAUCGACGAACACACACUUUAGGAACUGCACUUUCAUAGCGACUCUCUUCUAUAACACAGAUCUGUUCAAGACGCGAUUCGCUCACAGCAGAUUUAUAAACAGCACGUUCCUCCACAAUAAGGAAGGCUGCCAGAUCGAUUUCAGUGAUGAUGCUGAAACUGCAUUUCUUACUUACCUGGUCAGUUUCCUGGGCUCUUUGGCUGUGUUGCCGGGAAACAUUGUGUCUGCACUCUUUAUGGAUAAAAUCGGAAGGAUUAAGAUGAUUGGUGGAUCCAUGCUGUUGUCGACCAUUACUUGCUUCUUCCUGUUUUUUGGCAACAGUGAGUCAGCCAUGAUUGGAAUGCAGUGUCUGUUCUGUGGUGUCAGUAUUGCAGCCUGGAAUGCAUUGGAUGUGAUCACAGUGGAACUCUAUUCCACAGAUAAAAGGGCAACUGCAUUUGGAAUUCUGAAUGGACUGUCCAAGUUUGCUGCCAUUCUUGGUAUAUCAAUAUUUGCCUCAUUUGUGGAGAUAACAAAGGUGGUUCCUGUCCUGCUGGCUUCCAUUGCAUUAGUAGGAGGUGCCCUGCUUGGUCUCCGACUUCCUGAAACCCGAGAGCAGGUUCUGAUGUGAUGGGCUCUCCAAACACUUCUGGACUCACAGUAAUAUGCACAGCUGCUAACCACUGUCCUUAUAGCCUAAAGCAUCCACUCUACCAUCUGUGCUUUCUGUGACUGGACUCACUUGUGCUCUGUGUACCCACACCAAGCUUUCUCAUAGCUAGUUACCACAUACUUACAGAAGUUGUUCUGUGCACCUACCCCACAGGCUGAGAUGGGGAAAGUCGGAAACUAUUGGAAGUGUUCUCAUUUGCGCACUGCAAUUUCCUGGUAACUUGCUGUUGUAGAUCUUCUGCUAACCAUACAUACUUCCUUAUAAUUGGGUAUUCCCUCUAUAAAACGUCCGAUACCAAUUUUUAGGAAAUUUCAUCCGGACUACUUCAUGCUAAUUUUGUAAGGUUUUGCUGGGGAGUUUCCUGAAUCUGGUGCAAACCAUGAACUAGCACCAUCACUAUCGCGAUGGUGCUAUUAUUGACUUUGGUGAAAUAGCCCUUGUACAUUUAAAAGGGCCGCGUUCAAUCAACGUUCUGACUGUUCUCUCCUGAUUUCAGCUUCAGCAAAGCUGUAUUAAUGGGAACUUCUUGUCUUAGCAUGAUGGGUGGACUGAAACUUAAAGAAUUGUCAAAUUGCCUGUAAUUCACAGGGUCAAAGGUAAUUUAUAACACCCCUUGCUCCAGUUGCCAUAUGAAGGGUAAUCAGUGUUAGCACGGUUCAGUUGAAAGCAAUUUUAGCUUGGGGGUUAAAACAAAUACAGAAUGCUCUCCUUUGAAAGAAACAUUAUUCCAGAUCUUUGUCUACUUCUCAAGUAGAAAUGUUUCAUGGCAUUAACAGGGAAUUCUCCCCAUCUCCUCCGACUUUCAAAGCACUGAAGAAAAAACAGGUUUACUGGUCACUCCAAUCAAGGGGUCCAGUAGUGAUCUACCUAUGGCAGAUUAUCUGCUUAUUUCUCUGUGCCUCCAAUCUUUCCUGUUCAGUCACUGAUAAUUGCUCCCAUUUUCAAUUUCAAUGGUCAAAACGAUGAGGGAAAGGAAUGUGUGAGGCGUUCUCCCCACCUCCUUCUUCACGCGUGUCUAAAGAAAAGACGAAUCCUGUUGAAAAAGCUUCCUCCACCUGGAAGCAGCUGUCGUUCCUAGCUCUUCCACCAUCACCAUUGAAAGUUUAUUGGUUCCACUGUUGGACCUGCCUCAGGAUCCUGAGCAUGAGGUCCUUACCUGAGCAUAGGUCAAUUCGAUAAGGGAAAGGUUGAGACCUCAGUUGAUUCUGUUUAAUAUUGUUGAUUCAUGCACUGCAACAGAGGGCCUUUACAAAGGUAGCUGGGUAGCUCAGUGGGUUGGCUGGCUUGCUAUCUCAGCUUGCAGAUCGGCCAUUACUUGCAAUGAAAUUGAUGGAAUGCAGUUUUCCUUUGCCUGCUGUCUGUAUGGAAUGAGCUUGGUCGUGGGGUGUGGUAAACGUUGUGGUUAUAACACUAGAGUAGUAAUCCAGAGGUUCAAACUCAUCUUUCAGAGAAUAUGGGUUCAAAGCCUAUAGAAAUUUAAAUUUGGUUUAAGAAUAUUUGGAGAUAAGAGAAACAAAGGGGUUGGUUCACUAAGAAAUCCUGACUUUCCAAAGCACCCUUCACAACCUCAGGACUCCCAAGGAACUUGCCAGGUUUUGAAAACAGUCACUCUUGUAAUGUAGUAAAUGAUUAAGGGAAGGAAGACCAUCACUUUUACUCAGUCCAGCCUAGACAAUAUGUGAAUCCAGUCCCAUGCCAUUGUAACAGCCCUCUGAGUGGCUCAAGGAAAUAAGCACACAGAUGCACAAAGGCAAGUAACUUUGGACAAGAAAUGUCAGUCUUGUCCAUAUCCUGGAAAUUAAUGUAUAAAAUAAAAAGACAAUGUUCCAGUGAACGUGUGUGCAGUAAGCCUGUAGAUAUGGUUCCGAACUGUCAUGAAGAAACAUCACUGAUGUUAACAGGAAAUGAAUGGAAUCACAUUGGCUUAGAGCAAGGUUUACUCUCCAUCUAACCUGCUGCAACAUGCUUCACCUUAAUGUGCAUGAAUCUGGUGACAAAAAAAGAGAAUAACAUUUAGUCAGUUCUUAAGGCAGUUUUAGAAUCAUCCUACUUAUAAAAUCCAGAUGGGAUAGGAAAGGCUCGAUAUGGGAAGAUUGUUCCUGAUGUUGGGGAAGUCCAGCACUAGGAGUCACAGUCAGAAAGCUGGGAACCUGUGGAAUUCUCUCUCACAGGAAGCUGUUGGGGCCAUUUCAUUAGAUAUAUUCAAGAGGGAGCUGGAUCUGGUCCUUGCAGCUAAAAGGUUCAGGGGGUAUGGAGAGAAAAUGGGAGUGGGAUGCCGUGAUUGCAUGAUCAGCCAUGAUCAUAUUAAACGGUGCUGCAGGCUCGAAGGACCUGCACCGAUUUUCCAUGUUUCCCUGACAGUUCAAGAUUCCGUUGAACUCGAUCUAGAACUCAAUAAUGGAGUAUCUAGGGUUGACUAUUUCAGCAAUUUACCAUUUUCUGAGUGAAGAAGUUCCUCCUCACAUCAAGCUAGAUCAAUGGACCCCAUUAGCUGAAAGAUGUGCUUUGAGAUCACUCACCCAGGGGCAACAACCUCUCUGAAAAGGAGUGAAGAAUGUUUUAUUCAGCCAGUGUUUGGGGCUUAUGGAAUACAAAAGGAGAACUUUUUAAUUGCUCACCUUGACAAGAACAGAAAGGAAGCAAAACACAAUCUGCAAUGUACUGCAUAGAAAGAGGCCAUUCAGCCCUCUAGCUCUUUGAAAAGCUAUCCAAUCUGACCCACUCCUUCAUCUCUUUCCUCUCAGCCCUGCAAAUGUUUUCUACAAUGUAUCAGUCUAAAAAUGAUUAUAAAUCUGAAAUUGGAAAGUUUGUUCCAGUGUUGUUGCUAGAUGCUGAGAGCCAACCAUGCAGUAUAAUUCAUUUGAACAAUUACAUCUUGACAAGGAAUAUCCCACUGUUGAAUAAUACAGAAAAGCCAUUUAUCAUUUAUAAGCCAUUAAUAUUUAACAAUCUCAAUUCAAACACAAGCAUCACCAAAUGUUUUCCUGUUGGUGAGUGAGAUUGAAUUGCUCCUUAAACCUUGGAUUUUCAGUGUGUUUACAGAUUCCAGGUUUCCCGAUGUCUCAGGAAUAAGUACAGCAGAAAAAAAACGUCAGUAACCCAAGACAGAGCAUUUUUUUUUGUGCUGGAAAUGCAUGGCAUGUAAUUACCUCCACAUCUGGUAAAGGAAGACUUGCAUUUAUAUAAGACACUUUCAAGACAUGAGAAAAUACCAAUGUGCUUUGAAACAAUGAAUUAAUUUGAAGUGUAGCCACUAUUGUUACAGGAGAGUGUAGUAAUCCAUUUCACUCUGUAAACUGGCAAACAACAGUCAGAUAAUCACUUGAUAAUCCACGUUAAUCUGCUGUGGGAUAACUGUGGGCCAGGACUCCAUGGAGAAUGUCCUGCUCUCCUUGAAAGUAGUGCUGAGAGAUCUUUUACACCCAGCUGAAAGGACAGUGGGCUCAGUUUGACAUCUCACCUAAACAACAGAUAAAAGGAAGAUCAAUGCAAUUUCAAUGAAGAAUCUACACACCUUCAUUACAGAAGGUGAAAGCCAUUUAUUCCAUUUCAGCUCAUCCAUCCACAGUGACUUCGGACAGCAUUCCUUAGGUUCUGAAACAACUUGAGGGCUUUAUCUGCAGUUAUUUCCAAGCGCUGAUCGCCUUUUAAGGAGAAAACCAAAAGUUAUCAUUUCAGUCUCAAAGAUGGCAUUAAAUUAUUUUCAGCCUGUGACCUCUCAUCCUAUCCCGAUGAUUCGACACAACAGAAUUUUCCAAGUUUAGCUUUCCUAUCCCUUUUAGAAUCUGGUAGAUGUCAAAAAAUCAUUUCUCAAAGAUGAGGAAUCCAUGUUUAUUCAAAACAGACUUGUGACAUGUU